CUACACCACCAAGGAUACCACUUAUUUUUUGGAUAACCUAAACAACGAGAGAAAGAUGCCCUACUACGAGGACGAAAGACGCCAUCAUCAUCAUCACCAUCAUCAUGGUGGCAGGCCCAUUGUUGAGGUGGACAUUGUCCCACCAAGGAUCCCCAGGCCAGUGAUCGAAAUCGGAGUGGGUGGUGGCUACCGCCCACCGCCACCAAGGGUGGAGGUUAUCACUCCAGCUGCUGUGUACCAGCCACCGCCACAGCCCAUUGUCGAGGUCGAUGUGGUCCGUCCCGGAAGGCCGUUCAUCGAGUUCAAUAUCGGUGGUCGUCGUCCGCCACGUGAGGAGGUCAUCAUCGUCCAGCAGCCCCCACCGCCCAGGUGGUAACUUAAUUCCGACUCUGACUACCGAAUUGGAAGAGUGAACUAAUUACAAAAAAAAAAAAAACA